AUGGCCGGAGAACAACAUAGCGAUCACAGCCGUCCCCUCGUCAACUACAAUAUGAACGACGGCCCGCCAUCCCAUGAAACGAACGCUCGGGACGGUCAUCCAUCCACCCCGUCUCCAGAGCCCCAAAACAACGGGGAUGCCUCUCACGCCCACAAUUUAGGGGCAGAGACAUUUCAUCCCAUUCCCGUUCCCGUUGAAGGAGACGCCGUAAUGAUUGCCAUGGUGAAUGCCCUCAAUCAGGCCGGUUCUAUGCUCCACCAGCAGCACGAACGAAUCAUGGCCCUCGAAGCCGAACGACAAGAGGCCCGGCCCCAGCCGGUGAGUAGGAUACAACAACGUUCGGAGCCAACGAAGAAGCGAGGACGUCGCUCUCCAGAACCCCACGUCAGCAGGGCACGCGCCCGUCGUGACGGUGGUCGAGCGGGAACAUCACCAAGGCGCGGACACAGCCCCGACAACAACGAACUGUCUCCCUUAAGGAGCGACGAGGAAGAUUUGCAUUGCCCCCUAUCUCGGGCAAUAAUGGAAGCCCCGCUCCCCAAAGGCAUGGAGAAACCACCAAACCUAGCUGUGUACGACGGGACUACAGAUCCCGACGAUCACGUCGACAACGUCAACGCGAUGCUCGACUACCGCAAUGAUAUAACCGGGCACCUCAAAUGCCGACUGUUCUCAACGACCCUCAGGAAAGGGGCCAUGGCUUGGUACAAAAGCUUGGCCCCUGAGUCCAUUACGUCGUGGAGAGUCAUGAGGUCCAUGUUCACCAGGCACUUUACAGCUUCCCGUCGUCACCCCAAGACUGAGGCGACCCUUGAAGCCAUAGUGCAGAAGAAGAAUGAAACACUGCGCUCAUACAUCGAGCGAUUCAACCAGGAAGCUGUCGAGGUAGAUACCACCGAGCACAUGAAGAAGUAUCUCCUCGAGAGAGGUCUCUUGCCCGGCAGUGAACUUAGCAGAGCCGUAGGGAUCGAGCCUCCCCGCACCUUAAACGAGCUCCUGCAUAAAGCCCAGGCCUACAUCAGAUACGAGGAAAAGCAGGUGGCACACAAUGCCCGCAGCGGACGUAACGCUGGGGAAACCGAGCACUCAAAACGCGAGGACACGAGCAUUUCCCGUCGCAACGGAGACAAACGAAGAGAAGAAAGACCUCGCGAGCUCCGGGAAGGAAGAGGCCCCGCGGGCAGAUAUAGCGAGUAUACCUUACUGACAGCUCCUCGGGAGCGCAUCCUCGCAGAAUGUAUCAACUCUAAAUUUAAGCAGGGCAGGGUCAGGUUCCCAAAACCGUCUGCACCAAAGCCCCACACCGACAAAUCAAAGUACUGCCGGUUCCACAGAAGUCACGGGCACGUGACCGAAGACUGCGUCCACCUGAAGGAUGCGAUAGAAAUUUUAAUCCAAGAGGGGCACCUGAAGCAGUAUACGAGGAAGAACGAAGCUCCCAGACACGACGAGCCAGAGAAGAAGAGACCCCGGGAAGACGCACCCCCUGACAACUCUCCCUAUCAAGUGGCCCUCUGCGUGUCACGACCGGAAGAUUUCUUCCUCCCCGAACCAUUGCCCGAGGGCAAGAUCACUGCACUCAGCCCCUGGGAAAACUUCCCUACCACACUGGUGAUAUCAGGAGGAGGAACUAACGGGGAAUCCGCGGCCCUCUCCGUCAAACGUAAGUUCGACGAACUCCUACUGACUGCCCCCGAGCAGAAAGCGACAUUGACAAAAUACCGGGGAAAAUCCAACCCAAUAUCCUUCUUCCUGGAGGAACUCCCGGGCGGAUCCCCGAACUCGGGCAUCCCACUAUUGAUAAGGGCAAAGAUGGCCCAAUUCGACGUACGACGCAUCCUGGUCGACCAAGGCAGCUCAGUGGAUAUCAUGUACGUCCACCUCUUCAAGACUCUGAAGCUAGACAAGACCAACUUAGCCCCCUACGUCGGAUCAGAUCUCCAAGGAUUCAACGGAGCAACAACCAGACCGUGGGGAUAUGUUGAGCUCCUCGUCACCUUCGGCGAACAAGAAACGGCCAGGGAAGUCAAAAUCCAAUUCCUGGUCGUAGACUGUCCGUCUCUCUACAAUUGCAUCUUUGGACGCCUGACACUGGCCGAACUCACCGCGGUCCCAUCCACCGUCCACCUGAAGAUGAAAUACUACACCAAAUUGGGACGUGUGGUCACCAUCCAUGGUGACAUCGAAGCAGCCCGGCGAUGCUACGACGCCGCAGUAAAAGGACAGGCCGUAGUCAGCACAAAGAGCAACUGCGACAACAAAAAACUCAAGACCGAGGAUCCUGCCCGAGGAGUCAACGCCAUCGACCUCGACUGUCGCAUCGGGCUGGACGAGACCGAAGAGGGGAGGUUCCCCAAGGAACGCUCUCUCGAACACCCGGUCCGACCAAUCCCCGACGGGGAGUUCGAACUCAUUCCUCUUGGGGACGAUCCGGAAAGGACGGUGAAGAUAGGUAAGGGACUACCCGAGGAAACAAGAGAAGAGCUAGUAGCAUGCCUCAAAGAGAACUCCGACCUCUUCGCGUGGAAUGCCGCAGAAAUGCCCGGGCUGGACCCCGAGAUCGCGUGUCAUAAGCUAGCUUUAGACCGGGCAGCCAAGCCCAUAGCACAGCGUAGACGCAAGCAAUCGCCCGAAAAGGCAGAGGCUGCCGAGCGGGCUGUAAAAGACCUCUUAGAGGCAAACUUUAUUUCUGAAGCCCAACUCGGUGAGGCAAAGAGGGCAUGGGUCGAAGAGCUACAUAGCGUGCUAUGGGCCUACCGCACGACUCCACAUUCUACCACCGGGGAAACCCCGUUCCGACUAACUUACGGCACCGAGGCAGUCAUCCCGGUGGAGAUACGGGCGCCAACGAGGAGGACGGAGGAGCCCCUAGACGAGGAAAUGAACGAUGAAACCCUUAGAGCCGAGCUCGACCUAGUCGAGGAGAUACGUUCCGAAGCAGCUCUCAGGGAAACAACCCUCAAACAAAAAAUAGCACUACGCCAUGACGCGAAAGUCAUAAAAAGAGAGUUCCAGGUCGGCACCCUGGUCCUCAGAAGAAACCAGAAAAACCCGAGAGAGGGCAAACUGGCGGCCAACUGGGAAGGCCCUUACCGCGUCCGCGACAAAACGAGCAACGGGGCCUAUUACCUGGAAAACCUACAAGGAGAACAACUCGCUCGACCAUGGAACGCAGAAAAACUUAGACAAUAUUACAGCUAA